AUGACAACGUUUGGAAAAAUCGAGGAAUAUGACGAGACCAAAGAUUGGAGUAAUUAUGUCGAACGACUACACCAUUAUUUUGAAGCCAACGAAAUCGCACAUGCAGACAAACAGAAAGCAAUUUUUCUGGCAACCGUUGGAGCAAAAACGUAUAAGCUCAUCCGUAAUUUAGUCGCCCCGAAUCAUCCGAAAGACAAGAGUUUCGACGACCUGACGAAGUUAGUACAGGAGUACUACAAGCCUAAACCUUCUGUUAUUGUUCAGCGAUUCAAGUUUAACAAGAAACACCAGGAGAGCGGUGAGUCUAUCUCAGCAUUCUUAGCUGAACUAAGAAACCUUUCGCAGUAUUGUGAAUUUGGCCCGACAUUAGACGAAAUGUUGCGUGAUCGUUUAGUAUGUGGUGCUUCCAAUGAAAAAAUUCAGAAACGCCUUCUCGCUGAGCCCAAAUUAACCCUUAAGCGAGCCCUAGAACUGGCAAUGGCCAUAGAGACGGCAGAAAAGAAUGCUGUAGAUUUAAAUAUAGCAUCUAAAAGCGAAGAAAAUGCGAAUCAAGCAAAGGUAAACAAGUUUCAUGAUGGCGCCAAACCGAGAAACCACAGGAAGCCCGCGCCUAACAAUGAGAAGCAAUGCUACCAUUGCAAUGGGCCCCACGAAUCUAGUGCUUGCUAUCACAAAAAUGCCAAAUGUUAUUCUUGUGGGAAGAGUGGUCACGUUUCCCGUGCUUGUCGAAGUAAAGGAAACCCCAACAAGCCACAAAGACCACAGGGUACCCACCACAUGCUUGAUGAGACAGGGAACUCUGACGAGGGGGAGGCGACAGACCCAUACCCAUUUUAUACAAUAAAGAACAGUCGCUCUCCACCCUAUGAAGCAAAUCUUGCAUUGAAUGGGAAGUCCUUGCAAAUGGAAAUUGACACAGGAGCCUCUUUAACUAUCAUUAGCCAGAAAAUAUACGAAUCAUUGUGGGGAGGGGAGGAUCGACCUGCCCUGAAAAAGACAAACGUCAUAUUACAGACCUACACCGGGGAGAAAGUGGAACCCAAGGGGAAGGUGGAAGUUAUGGUCUCCCAUGGGAAGCAAAGUAAAAWAUUACCCCUGUAUGUUGUUGAAGGAAAAGGCCCAGCCCUCCUUGGUCGAGACUGGCUACAGGAAAUACAGAUCGAUUGGCCAAAAGUCAAACAGUUGUCGCAGGACACAAAGCUUGAAGACGUUAUCAACCGCUACCCACAGUUGUUCGAAGAGGGACUUGGUACCUUAAAUGGGAAGAAAGCGAACAUCCAUGUAAACGCCAAUACGAAACCAGAGUUUCACAGAGCGAGACCAGUACCUUAUGCGCUUCGUGAGAAGAUUGAACAAGAACUUGAGAGACUGGUACAAGCCGGCACCAUUGAGUCUGUACAGUAUUCCGACUGGGCCACGCCCAUCGUACCAGUGAUGAAGUCUGACGGCUCAAUUAGAAUUUGCGGUGACUACAAACUCACUGUCAAUAGAGUGUCAACAUUAGACGCCUACCCGAUUCCUAAGAUUGAUGACCUCUAUACCAAGCUUGCCGGAGGAAAGACUUUCACAGAGUUGGACCUUAGCCACGCCUAUGAGCAGAUGUUAUUGGAUGAAGGUUCCAAGCAGUACGUAACGAUCAACACACACAAAGGCCUCUACAGGUAUAACCGCCUACCCUAUGGAGUCUCAUCCGCACCUGGGAUUUUCCAGAGGACUAUGGAAACUCUUUUACAGGGUAUUCCAUUUGUAGCAGUGUUUCUAGAUAAUAUUCUCAUUACUGGACGUACUGAGGACGAACACUUGAAGAAUAUCGACGAAACCUUGAAGCGUCUUUCCGAUGCAGGUCUACGGCUGAAAGAGAAGAAGUGUAACUUUAUGAAACCAUCACUAGAGUGCUUGGGUCAUCGAAUAGACGCCGAUGGAUUCCACCCGGUUGAAGCGAAAGUAAAAACGGUCCAAGACGCCCCUGCACCCAAGAAUGUCUCAGAACUCAAAUCAUUUCUGGGCAUGAUUAACUCUUAUGGAAAGUUUCUUCCGAACCUGGCAUCCACAUUAGAACCGUUGCACGUGCUUCUACGUAAAAACCAAGCAUGGAAGUGGGCAGAGAAACAACAGGAAGCUUUUGUAACCGCUAAGKAACUGUUACAAUCGUCACGUUUACUCGUUCAUUAUGACCCGUCCAAAGAGUUAGUGCUUUCUUGUGACGCUUCGCCUUACGGACUUGGCGCCGUCAUUGCGCAUGUUAUGGAGGAUGGUUCGGAGAAACCCGUGGCCUAUGCUUCRAGAACGCUAUCCAAAGCAGAGAAGAACUACGCCCAAGUAGACAAAGAGGCGUUGGCAGUUGUAUUUGCAGUAAAAAAGUUCCACCAAUUUUUGUAUGGYCGACAUUUCAAGAUUUACACCGACCACAAACCACUACYGGGUUUGUUAAGCUCACAUAAAGCGGUACCACCGAUGGCUUCUGGAAGAGUGCAAAGAUGGGCACUCGCACUCUCUGCUUAUGAGUACGAUCUGGUCUACCGACGAGGAGAAGAAAAUGGUAAYGCCGACGCGCUUAGUAGAUUACCACUAUCGGUAGAGCCYGAGACGACACCAAUUCCUGCUGAGGUCGUCAACCUCAUGGAAACCAUUAACACCAGUCCUGUCAAUGCAACGAAGAUUAAGCAAUGGACUGCUCGUGACCCAGUCUUGUCACGAGUACUGAAGUAUGUUCAAUAUGGAUGGCCUGRAMAUGUUGAUGACGAYGAUCUWAAACCUUAUUUYACAAGAAAGGAKGAGUUAAGUCUMCAUGCGGGAUGUCUCCUAUGGGGAUCUAGAGUUAUUGUCCCACCACGGGGGAGAGAGGAAAUACUUAAAGUAUUACACGAGAACCACCUUGGAAUCUCGAGGAUGAAGAGUCUCGCAAGGAAUUACGUGUGGUGGCCUAAGCUUGAUAAUGCUUUGGAAAAGGCAGCGAAAGAAUGUGGAACAUGUCAAGCUCAUCAGAAGAAUCCAGUGAAAGCACCCCUCCAUCCAUGGGAAUGGCCUACUAGGCCUUGGUCCAGAAUACAUAUUGACUAUGCAGGACCAUUUUUGGGAAGCAUGUUUCUGUUAGUCAUCGAUGCUCACUCAAAGUGGUUGGAUGUCCAUAUCGUCAACUCACCUACCACAGCAUCAACCGUCGAGAAACUGAGAAUCGCCUUUGCUACGCACGGUCUACCAGAGAUGAUCGUAUCCGACAAYGGCACAGUAUUCACUAGCCAAGAAUUCCGUGUUUUCACCGAGAAAAACGGAAUUAAGCACGUUACGUCGUCGCCUUACCACCCAUCUACUAAUGGAUUAGUGGAACGCGCAGUGCAGACAUUCAAACAAGGGAUGAGGAAACAACGCGAUGGAACUGUGCAAACAAAACUGUCACGUUUCCUUUUCAGCUACCGCAACACUCCACAGUCCACCACCGGAGAGACACCCAUGUGGCUACGAUGGGGUAGAAGGGUACGAUCGCAUUUAGAUUUACUUCGACCGAGCAUCGAUAAGAAAGUGGAAAAGGCUCAGGAAGAGAUGAUCAAACAACAUGACAAGCAUGCGCGAGCAAGAGCCCUAGCUGAAGAUGACAAAGUGCUGGCACGCAACUACUCGGGAUCACCCAAAUGGCUACCAGGCACAAUCAUCAAAGAAACAGGACCAGUAUCUGGUGAAAUAGAAUUAGAAGAUGGCACAGUUGUUAGAAGACACCAUGAUCAACUCCUGCCACGCCAAGAACAACCCAAGGAACCUAAAGUUGCCGAAGUUACAGAACCGACCCCGGCUCAAGUGGAAAGUACUCCCGAUCCUGUAGUGGAACGCCGUUAUCCAACCAGGGAGCGUAGACCUCCAGGUCGUUUUCAGUGA